AUGGAUCAAGAUCAACCAGACGAUUUCGCGUCGGAGUCUUUCUUCGACCAAAAUUCCCUACAGCAACAGAUCCAACAGAUCGAUGCAAACGCUGAUCUCAACAACGUCCCAAAUGUUGCCAUCCCUCCAAAUCCCGCUGUCCUCGACAAGCUCUCACGCCGGUGGUAUUGUGGCUGUUUGGAACGUACAGCGUGGUCGAGACAUGGCCACCUUGCCAGCAUAUCCGAUGAUGGAUCCACCGUCUAUUUGGAAUGUAUUCGAUACAACUAUGAAUUAAAAUCAUGGGGUCUGCAUGAAAGACACUCCUUGACUACCCUCUUCGAAGACGCCACUAGCCUGGCUUGGAGCCCAAAUGGAGGGGAACUUGCAGUGGUCGAUGUCAAGGGCCGCAUCUGGAUUUAUCACAACUCUCUGCUCGCUAUCAACCGCCUAACUCUUGCUCGACAAGGGGCUCUGGACGAGGGCGACGAGUAUUCCCAGCCAGUUGGGAUGACAUGGCUAAAUCAAGAUCGUCAGGAAAGACCAAGAAAUGUCGUCACCCAUGCAUUCAAGGGUGACAGUCGGUGGCAGCAUGCUAACGCCAGAGCUAAACCACUCGGCCCCUACUGGCAUCGUGCCGUUGCAAUCGUUCACCGCAACGGGCUCUUCACACUUUGCUUUCAAAGAGGUGAUGGCCAGUAUUCCAAGGUCACCAAGCGACUAUCUCCGCCAGACGACAUCCUCUACAGUCAUGCCAGCUUUGCCCCCACUGUCGAAGGAAAGAUGCUCAUCACUCUGCACUCGUUCAAAAAGACCAUCUCGGUUUACUUCCUCUCGAUAGACUGGAACGAAGUCAAGCAGUCUGUGGAAGGCUUGCCGAUUUUGAAUCUUGAAUCAGUUUCAAGCAAUGUCUCUUCGCAGCCCACGGGGUCUCCCACUCUGCCUGAUACAUACGACCCGGAUUCCUGGUCACUUAGCCACCUAGAGAUUGUGCGCACUUCGGAUGUCGAAAAAGCGGUCCAGAUCCCCCCCACUAUUCUCGCAAUUUCUUCUGGUGUCAAUAGAACUGUCAACAUACCAGAUUCAGGCUUCCUGGUAUCGAGCAUGAUCAAGAGGUGGACGGUCACUCCUGUCGAACAGAAGUUACACCCGCUGUUUGAUGCCCUGCCAUCUAUAGGUCCGGGGGCAGCAGCAGCAAAGCCUUCUUAUACCCUCCAGAGGCUGCCCGAUAAGGAAGAACAGGUCAUUACGACCAUUCAUCAUGUGGAUGGUGUCCAAGCACUUGUUGUUACAACGCAGGAAAACCGCACUGAUUUCUUAAGCUCGGAGGACUUAUCGCCCAUGUCCUAUGCCGGUUUGGCACAGGAAACCACAUCCAUGUCUCAAUCUGGAUUUGCAUAUCCCUACGCUCAAGUGAUUCUCACACCAACUUUCUCCCCCAAUGCAUGCGUGAGAGCAGAUCUGACACCGGAGGGCAAAACACAACUUGUUGCGAUGGAAUACCAAUUAGGACAGCCUCAGUCACUACAGCCGCUGGAUCCAAAUGUUGACGUGGCUCUUGCAUCCCUAAACCUGACCUUUGCACGAGCGUGCUGGUCGAAUGCUACCAUCGACGACAUCCUGAUGUGUGUCUCACAGUCCAUUCCGACCGAACUCAUCCCCACUAUAAUUUCGACUGCCUAUCGCACGCUCUUUCGUGACAAUGACUUUGUGAACGAAAGAACUGAGGGCUCGGAACUGGAAAAGUUUAUCCACAAGACGGUGAUAGGAAGGGUUCUGUCUUACCAUGCAAGUCUUGCGGCAAACUGUACUCAGCUUCCCUCCAUCGCCUCCACUGAUCGAAGACACGGCUGUUGGUCACUCAGCGCACAGUGGGCCUGGUUGGUGAACAACAUCCGACAAACUGCAACCCUGCUUUUCAUGGCUAUGAGGGACGUGCAGAAUAUCCAACUCGUCAUGAGCCAAGACCUGACGGACCUGCUCUGCUCGAAUCUCCGGUGGGGUUUGUCGCUGAUGAGAUUCAUAAUCAGCACCAUCUUAGAGGUAGGCGAUCGGGAGACGAACCCUGAAAUGUUUGAUGAGAAAGAUCCCGGCAGAGCGGGCGACUCUCUGGGCGACGGCAGUCAGGGCCUGGUUGCGCUGCUGUUGAACUGCCACCCUUCCCGAAUUUUUUUGAUUGCGUUCGUCAGAGCUGUCAGGGCGUACGCGAAGAACACAGAACCAAAGUCUAAUCAUCACUUGCAAGUCCUCCAAUGUAUUCAACAGCAGACGUCGGGAAAAGGACUAUCUUUUCAAGCCAUGGAGGCGCUCCUCGAAUACAGAUGGUCGGCGGUCGGUGAUGUGGACAGGGAUAUGGCCGCCACAGCUGCACGCCAGCUCGAGAUGAUGGCCACGGGGAUUGUGCAUGAGUCGUACCAGGGGACGAUCAAGGUGCUACUUAACACACUCUUCAAUAGUGCCCAGGGACUGCGAGCCAAGAUGCUGAUCGACCGAGUUAAGCUGUUUAUCGACCAUGUCGAUCUGGAGUACAUCUUCUUGAACAACGACAUCCUGGGCCGACGAAGCACUGAUGAAGACCCCGAUAGGAAGGAGGUCAUCUAUGAUGUGCAUCGAAAGAGGCCAAUCCUCAAGGGGGUGGCAGAACCCGACGGCACAGGGCCACUCAUGAUUAGGAAAUGCUUGAGAUGUGGGAGUUAUAGUGAGGACGUCAAUGUGCCACCUAGGGAGUGGCCUCGGCAAGUUGCUAUGCUACUUAUGAGAUGUGUUUGCGAUGGCAGUUGGGUGCUUAAGCCUUGGGAUAAGGUCCACAAAUGA